UCAAGCCACCACACUCACAUCUUCAUUCGACCUCCCAACUGCCAGUCUCCGUGUCGCCAGCCACCCCUCUGCCGCACGCAUACCGAUAACCGUCAUUCAUGGACGAAGACGCAUUUGGCUCGGUCUGGGGCGCCCCUGCUCCCUCACCCCUAGCCCUGAAACCGAUUGCGACCGCUUUCUCAUCCGGUCCGACUUCCACGGAUGGCUUCGACGAUUUCGAUGACUUUGGAACACCUGCAGAAACGAUAGCCACCUCGGCACUUUGGAGAGGCACAGGCCCAGGCGAGGUUCCUGCGUUCGCGGAGGACGUCGGUUUCGGGGAGGAGGUGCGGAUAUCUGGGCCAUCAACAUCUGCUUCAGAUUGGGAGCCCCUGCGCUUGCACCCUCUGCCGUCCAGACCAGAACUGCAAGAACAAGUGGAUCACAUACUGGCGCCAUUGUGGGCGUCCAUUGACGAUUCGCAAUUGACCGACGAAGAUAUCCGACAGACGGGCGGAUUGAACCAGACACUAGUCACUCCCGAGAGUCGUCAGCUGUAUAAAAUCCUUCUCCCCAAUACGCCUCCCGCUAUGCAGCCUGUCAAUUGGACUCGCUCACGAAUAAGACGACGACACCUCAUAUCGUUGGGCAUUCCCGUCAACUUAGACGAAGUCUUGCCGAAAGCCAACGGCAAGUUGCCAACGCUCGAGAUCACAACGCGGCCCAUGUCCGCGCCACCGGGGCCGCGCACAGCGCCCGUGCAGAAGACUGUGGUCGCACAAAGCAGUUCGCGGGUUGGGUCACCGCGGCCGGGAACACCAGUGACCAGUCUGCCCAACGGGGUUUCGAUGACUGCCCAGUCGGUGUCCACGCAGCUUCGCCUUGGCCCUCGGCCAGAAUUGGACGAGACCAAACUGAAUCAGCUGCUGGAAAUCAACCCAGACAAGCUGACGCUGCAACCGAUCGCCACAUUGGAAAAACACUUGACGGACUUGCAAUCACAUACGAUGCAAGUCUCUACCACACUUACACAUUUGUUGCAAACGCGAGACGCUUUGAAGCAAGACUCGGAGACUUACAACAAGUUGAUUGGAGAGUUAGUCGCAGAUGCGCAAAAGAGGAGCACAGCGAAGCGUGUCGGUGGCGGGAAGAGAAGUACAUUGUCUUAGGGUGUACACUUGCAUACGACCCAUACAGAUCGAUACAUUACCAUUUCAUCGACGAGAGGCUUGAACUCGUCGAACAGUAGACUUUUG